UUCUCAUGACAACAGUGUAAACUUCCGGUUUUUACUUUGUUUAUAUUUUAUAGGUUACUUGAAAAAUAAGCGAUGUGUUUUUAAUCAGUGUACUUUCAUUGUGAACUGUGACAAGUAAGUUUUGAAAACUAUGCCGAUGCUUAAGGAACCAAAGGCGAAACAGCCUUUGUGGAAAGAAAACGACUACAAGGCUCAAAAGAAAGGAAUUCGACAUACAGUUUAUUCUGUAAAUGGAGACCAAUACACAGGGGAAUGGUUAAAUAAUUUAAAAGACGGUAAAGGUACAUAUAAAUGGAAGGAAACUGGUGCAAUAUAUGACGGUGACUGGAAAAAAGGCAAUAGAAAUGGAUUUGGCACAUACAGCAGACCAGACCCAAGAAAGAAAGGACAGUUUGUGAAAGAAUAUUCUGGAGGAUGGAAAAAUGACAUGAGACAUGGCUAUGGAACCAAUUUCUAUAACGAUGAAGAGUAUUAUGAAGGCGAGUUGUAUGCUGACAAAAGAAGUGGCUGGGGACGAAUGUACUUUAAAGACGGAACUAUUUAUGAGGGGGAAUGGUACGAUGACCAGCGGAAUGGGCAAGGAAUGUUGAGAUUACCAAAUGAGAACAGAUAUGAAGGUUCCUGGCGCAAUGACAAAAAGAAUGGUCCAGGAAAAUUCUACUAUUUGACCCAUGGACAGCUCUAUGAGGGUGUAUGGGUCGACGAUAUUGCAAAAUGUGGCACUAUGAAAGACUUUGACAGAAAAAAUGCCCCGGCACCAACUCAGUACCCUAUUCCAAAGGUGGAAUUAGCUAGUAUGGAAACAGUGUUACAAGAAUCGGAAGAACAAUUCCUUCAUGAUCAAGAAUAAUACAUAUAUUUGCUAGAUUUGUCUUUAAAAAUUUCAACAAAUUUUGUUGUUGAUUAUUUUUGUGUAUUUUGGAGUAAAAAGAGGAGUAAAAAAUGAAGACGUUUUGCUGUACAGUUAUGUAUUUUCUACUGUUUUAUGUGUAUGGAAAAUCUUACAUCUUUAAGAUUAUUUUGAAUGGAAGGAUUUAUUUAGAAAUUUAAAAUCUAAGUGUUUAAUUAACAUGUGUAUGUACAUUUUGUAUAAUCUAACUUUUUUGACCUUAUUAUUGGUUAAUGUUUUUAUCUAAAUAACAACUUAUAUAAUGAUUAGCAGGUAUACCAACUUUAUUAUGAUUCUUUGAUAUGUUUUUUUGUUUAGUGCUUAGACGUUGUAUUAAGAAGAUAAACAUUUUGCUUGUCCUUUUUUGCAAAAUUGCAAAAAAUAUGUUUUAUUUGAUGCUUUAUUGCUUUAUAGAAGACUUGUUUUUAAACAUCUGUGAUAAUUAAAAUAUUGCCUCUUGCAAUGAA